CCUUCGAGACUUGCACUAGAGAUAUUUUUUGCGAGAAGCACGAGAGAAUUUUGUAGCUAGCUGAAUUUAAACACUUCAAAUUCAUCAUGUGAGCGAGACGCCCAUGGUCGAGGCGGAAUCCAUGGCUCUCGCGACCUCGUGGCCGCGGCCGGCGGCGCCGCGUUGAUCUCCCUCCUCUGGCCGUCAUUUCAGCCGCCGAGACCAGAUCCGGGCUGCUCUCCGCGUCCUCUCCCAGCUGCACUCCCUCUCCCCUUCAGGCUCUCGAGGUGCUGCUCAUGGCCCUCGCGUUUGUGUCGUCAUCUCCGACUCCGUCGGAAGCCUCAACUGCUGCCGUCGCGCUGGCCGCGGCUGCUCUUGCCUCCCGCAUGGCCGCCUCGACAGCUGGAGGUCGUCUGUACGGUGCUGGACUCCCGCCAAGGCCAGAUAUGGCAGCACCUCCGAUGGCGCAGUCGGGCAAGCGCUCCCUGCCUCGCCCCCGACCUCCUCCGAGUGGCGUCACCGCGUUUUCUGCCCUGGACGCGGCACGUGAUGCUCCAGAUCAUGCUCCUGUCUUGGUGGUUGGAGGGCUUGGAUCCCCUGCCUUCGCUGACUCUGCUCCUGGCAGCACCACGCUGUCAGCCCCGACUUCUACUGUGUGCACGUCGUCCCCAACUCUUGCCUGCGCUGCUACGGUGUCCUCGACUCCUGUGGAAGCCCCACCGCCACCCCUGGCUGCUAUUGCUGAAGCGCCGUCCACGACUCCGGCUGGCAACACCGCAUCGUCCACGACUCCUGCUGGCACCACCGCACCGUCCCCGGCUCCUGUAGAAGUGGCGCCAUCCUCAACGCCUGUCGGCGCUGAGCCGGGUCUGAACAAGGCGCGAUAUGUCUCGUGGAGCUCCCUUACCGAUAAUGAAGAUGAAGAGGAUGACGAUGUGCUGGCCCCGCCGACGCUGCCGCCGGCUACCAAAUCCUCAGUUUCGACAGCUCAGCCGGGCAUGGCGUGCGAUGCGGAUUCAUGCGGUGGUUGGCAAAAGGUGAUGCCGCGACGCAACGUGCAAUGCCCUGUGUCACUAGGCCCUGCACUGGCUCCCCAUCCCAUCCCCGCUUGGCUUCAUGGUAGAUGUUGCAGAUGCCUCUAUCCUGGACACCGUGCAGCAGAGUGUCGAGAUCUUUUUAGGUGUUCUCGAUGCCUUGAGAAUGGUCAUCGAGCGCGUGGGUGCCGCAAUGCCCGGCGUCCCCUCAGCUUUUUGGGAAGCCCUACUUUGUCGCCAUUGCCCCGCCUUCCUAUCGUACACCAACAAGCUUCAGUUCCUUGCAAGGUCUGGAAAGAAGCCGCGCCCCUCUCGAAGACGUUUGGUCGUGAUUCUUGGGCAUCGAUCGUUGCUGCUCCUGCUAGCUCUGUGGCCUCUGAGGAUAUCCCAGUGCGUCCUGCCUUGGAGAGGCAAGCCGAGUUGUUGCGCUUUGAGCUCCUUGAUAUGGCUUCCUUCCGGUUUGAGGAGAUGGUCCAGCCUCUGCGUGAUGUCGUUGACUCCAUGCAAGGUUGGAUGUUGCGGAUGGAGAGUUUCAUGGAGCGAGUUGAGGCUGCACUAGGAGGGCUCUCCCUGGCGCCGCCUGUGUUGCAGAGUGCUCAUGUGUUGUGCCCUUUGAUUGUGCCUGAUGGCAGCUUCGAGGUCGAGAGGGGAGACGAGCUUCAUGGCUGUUUCUCCCCUCGUGCUAGAGCCAGCUCGCCGCCGUCGGCCUAUGAGGGUCUAGGCAAUGAUGUGGUUGUGACUCCGUUGCUGCAGAUCAUGCCUGAGCUUCGGGAGCUGUGUGGAGGCUCGGUUCUGCCCCUGUCCGUCGAACAACCGAAGGUGAUGCCUGUGAGUGACAUGACCAUUGAGCCAAGUGUGUUGGCACCUACUCCAAAUCCAGAUGCUCUCUUCGCGAAGGAACUUUGUGACUUGCUCGCCAGUGUGGAGGUUGCUAGACCUGGUUUGGGCAGGUCGAUUGCUUGCCUCUUGACAGGAACACCAAUAAGGGGCAAACAAAAGAAGGUGGGCAAAGGAAAGAGUGGCGCCAUGGGUAAGGCGUCUCUCACUGCUUGAUGGAUGACCUUCGGUCUCUCGGCCUGUCUGCUUUGAUUGGGUUGUCGUUGAGUGUUGGGAGGUGCCUGAUGUCUUGUAUCGAGCUGUUCUUGUCGGGGUCUCUUGGCGUAGUAGCAAUAUCGGGGUUUGUGGAUGUUGUGUAUUCGGAGAGUCUGGGAGGGGCCGCAUGUGCUGUUGUGGGGUUUCUUGCCAUGUGAGGAGUUAGUCCGUGCUCCAUUUGUAUUGGUUUUCGCCCGGUUUUCUGUAAAUUAACUGAGCAAUUCUCUUCUUCUUAA